AAGCCAGGGUGGGGGAGGUAACCGCCGCCAAUGCCCUUGCGAGAGACGCCUUUUCCCCGCCCCCUCUGCGCGCGGAGGGAGGCGGCCCCGCCCCGCGCUCGUGCCGCAGUGAGUGAGAGGCGGCGGGGAGGAGGAGAAGAUGUUUGAGACUCUGCGCGAGCGGCUGCUGAGCGUGCAGCAGGACCUCACCUCGGGAUUGAAGACUUUGGGUGACAAAUCAAGAGAAGCAAAAAUAAGCAAGCAGAGGGCUGUUCAGUAUUUGCCAAAGUUCUCUGCUGGAUUGGAAUUGCUCAGCAGAUAUGAAGACACUUGGGCAGCCCUUCACAAAGGAGCUAAGGAAUGUGCCAAAGCUGGAGAGCUAGUGGAUAGCGAAGUUGUGAUGCUUUCUGCACACUGGGAGAAGAAGAGGAGUAGUCUAAUAGAGCUGCAGGAACAACUCCAGCAAGUUCCAGGGUUAUUAGCAGAUCUGGAGUCCAUGACAGCAAAUCUGGCCGAGCUAGAGGUAAACUUUAAGGAAAUGGAAAAUCAUCUGUUGCAUCUUGAAGACCUAUGUGGACAGUGUGAGUUGGAAAGGUACAAACAUAUGCAGGCACUACAGCUGGAAAACUACAAGAAAACAAAAAGGAAAGAACUUGAAAGCUUCAAAGCUGAGCUAGAUGCUGAGCAUGCCCAGAAGGUGUUGGAUAUGGAGCAUACCCAGCAGGUGAAGCUAAAGGAGCGUCAGAAGUUCUUUGAAGAAGCCUUCCAGCAGGAUAUGGAGCAAUACCUUUCUACAGGAUACCUGCAGAUAGCAGAGAGACGAGAGCCAAUAGGAAGUAUGUCUUCCAUGGAGGUGAAUGUGGACAUGCUGGAACAGAUGGACCUGAUGGAUAUGUCUGACCAAGAAGCACUAGAUGUCUUCUUGAACUCAGGAGAGGACGAUAGCAUACUAUCUCCCAUUUUGGGGCCUGAAUCCAAAACCUGUCAGAAUGAAAUAAGCCUCCAGGUUCCAAGCCAGUCUGAAUUAAGGCAAAAAUUGUCAUCAUCAUCAACCUGGACUGACUCUGCCAGCCAGGGUACCAGUGAAGUAGGAGAGUCUCCUGUUAUCCAGUCUGAUGAGGAGGAAGUUCAAGUGGACACUGCCCUUGCUGCUGUAAAUACUGAAAGAAAAGGUACUUCAGAUGUCAGUGAUGAAAGUGACUCUCAGACUGUUUGAAUCCUAGCACCAUAUCUUCUAAGAAUCUUUGACUUUUGAAUGAAUGAAGAGCUCAUCCAUGUUGUAGGAAUUAGUUAACUAAUCAUGAAAGUCUAAUGUUGCCAGCCAUAUGGAUUUUUUUUUUAAAUUGCCUAGACCACACACUUGAAUAAUAAAGUUUUGAGGUUUUUUGGA